AUGUCAUUGAACGCAUUUAUAUUAGGAGCAACGGGCCUAUGUGGCUCUGGUUUUUUAAAGGUGGCUGAAAAAAGUGCCUCCUUUGCAAAAAUUACUACACUAACGAGAAGGGAAUUGCCCACGCAGCACUCUGCAAAGGUGGUUUCGAUUGUGAAUAAGGACAGUGAAACAUGGGGAACUCUAAUUCCUGAUGAAGUGAACGUUUUUUUCUCCGGAUUGGCCACAACCAGAGGGCAAGCCGGAAGCCAGGAGAAUUUCUACAAAAUCGACCACGAUAUGAACGUCGAUCUGGCCAAGGCUGCAAAAGCGAAGGGCUGUAACACAUGUGUCAUUGUCAGCUCUGCUGGUGCAAACGAGAACUCGAGGCUGUUCUACUUCAGAGUGAAGGGAGAAAUCGAAAAAGAUAUCAUCGCCUUAGGGUUUGACAAGACGAUAAUUCUUAGACCAGGGCCUCUGCUAGGAGACCGAGGCCAAAAUGACAAAGGAUUCCUAAACGCCGCCUCUGCUAAAAUUGGCAGCUACUUCUAUCGGUCGAGGUUACAAGGUCUCGUUGGUCACCCUGUUUAUGGUGACGAGGUUGCUAAAGUUGGGGUGAAACUCGCAACAGACUUAACUACUACCAAGAAAGUUCAAAUUGUAGAAAGUGCCGAAAUUCUUCGCCUUGCGAAAGAGCAAUAA